AGCAAUAAGCUCCACCCCCUCCGCCCCGGGCUCCACCCACAGGAAGAGUACAUGCUGUACAGCGACAGUACCACUGUGGCUGUGUACUCCAUGGAGACUGAGACUCCGACAGCUGAAGACAUCCAGCUGCUGAAGAAGACUGUGGAGAGCGAGGCCUCACAGGGUAUGAAGGACCUGAAGAAGGACAAGGUCCUGAUGAGGAGGAAGUCGGAGCUGCCGCAGGACGUUUACACCAUCAAAGCUCUGGAGGCUCACAAGAGAGCCGAGGAGUACCUGACAGCCAAUCAGGAGGCUCUCUGACCGGGGGGGCGGUCCCUCCUGAGCCCUAUCCGCCGCCCUCCUGUCCGUCUCUCCGGGGAGGAAGCUGAAGCUGUCGUGGAGAAUUUGGUCUGGGGUCAGAUCAGGACGGAGCUGACAGGAAACCCCUCUGACCUCUGACCUCUGACCCCUGCUGGCCGAUGAGUCAGCAGUCAUGUGACAAUGACAUCAUCAGCUUAAUGUUGCACGUUCAUUCCAACACCUGCUGCCGUUUGACACAAGGGAUGAAAGACGGAGGGUCCCUGAACGCACCACCAACAGGCUGUCUCCAUUACAGGAAGUGAAUCUGGUUCUGGUUCUGGUUCUGGUCUUCCUCUGGACCUCCGUCCACAGUAAAACCGGUCCUCUCCGCUGGCGCUCUGUGCAGCAGGAAGUUUCUCAGCUGCUUGAGAAGACCGUGGAAGCAGAACCAGGUCCAGGUCCGGAGGCGGUCCAGAGGGGCGUACUAUGUGUCACCGUGACGACACGGCACCAGAGAGUCCGAACAGCCUGAUCCAUAAUGACUAUUGAUUAUCUGCUGAUACUUGUAUUCUGUCCCAACUCGUCUGUAUUAGGACCCGAACGCACGAUGGAAAGUUAUCAGUCGUUAGUGUUCUAACUUCGUGUUCGCGUCGAACAGAACCAAACCGUUUUGAAUGUAAUGUGCAGGUAUUGGCGCCGGAUCCAGAUUCUGCCGGUCGAUCCGAAGAACUUCGGGAUCAGAGGCAACGUCACUGUACGUUCUCCAGUCGCUGCUUUCGACCUUCGGGACCGACCCUGAAACCUUUGGAUCGGGUUAAUGUAUCCGGUGCCGAUCAGUUAAGAAAUGAACGAGCUUCGAUAUUGAUCCCUGAGAUCAGACAGCGGUUUGCACUACUCUAGUUACGCCGCUGCGUUCAGGGACAUCACUGACGUCCGGCGACCGCAAUGUUAGGUCCGCCUGUUUAAACUCGGUUACCAUGGCGACCAGGAGCGAGUACGCCUCUCUGGUGUCCGUUCGUUCGGUUCCUGAAGUGGACACGUCUGUCCUGUGGCACCUGAACGCAGCACAGAUGAGAUGCACUACAGAGCCCCGCCCCCUUCACCUGACCUGACCAAUCACCUGACGAGGAGGAGACACCGUGAAUGUAGACGGCCAAUCAGCAUCCAGAAGAAAUUCCAACGUUUACUUCCUGUUUGUGUCUGUUUGUCCGCUGUGACGUCAUCGACUUUAAACCAAUGAGAGAAGUCGUCCUUCGUUGUAGAACAAAAGCUGUAAUCUGAAUGUUUCCGUCUGUACGACCUGAACGCGUCAGGUCAAAGGUCAAACACGAUGAUGUGUUCAGGAGUUGUGGGAAAUUAUGCAAUCUGUAAAAGAAGCUUCAGAUCUGAAUAUUUGAACCGAAUUCAGAUUCAAUGAGUCUGUUUUUAUUUCAUUUAAUAAUUCAAUAAUUUCUACUCAUUAAAACGCUCUCAUCAAUUCCUGCUUAAAGCUUUACACAGAGGCUUUUAUUGUGAAGGAAACUGCAGGAAAUGUGGUCAGAAUCGAACCGGGGACGCUGUGAUCCUAAGUCCUGGUCCCAGCAGCAGACUUAGGUACACUUCCUGUAUCUGAACCACUUCCUGUGUUGGGACUGGGAGUCCCUGAACUCACCACAGCAUCUAAAACACGUCUGAAGACGAACAAACACUAACGUAGGCUGGAGCUGUACCUCGCCAAAAUAAAAGCUGGUGAGCAGAAUGAGAACUCAUCAGAUGUUUUUAAAAUGGAGAUAUCGUUAAAAACAGUAAUAUUCUCUCUGAUCUCCACCCUGCAGACUCCCAUGAUCCUCUGCUGCCUCGGUCUGGUUGAAUUGUUGUGAACAGAUAAACACAAUAAAUAAAUGUCACUAAUAAAAGUUUCCUGACGAGAACCAGCGAUGUGACGUUUAAGGUCUGCAGUAUUUACCGGCUCUCAUCCAUUCGAGAGCAUUAACGUCCGUCUGUGUUUGUUUUUAUUAACGAAGCUUCUCAUUAACAUUUAAGCGUCGCUGCUUGGCGUUGUGAGCAAUAUGGUUUAAAGAGACAAUCCUCAACACAAUUAUGAAAAUAAAAGUAUUUCGCUUUAUUCUUCAGGCACGUUGUUGUUACUGUAUAUUGUCACGUACACAAGCCCCUCCCCUUCGUUCUCCCAUUACGUUCUCAGCUGGUUUUGGUUCGGUGAAAUGUGGUCUUCCACUCGCUGUGGACCAAUGACCAUGGUGGUGAGUUAGUCCCCCCCUCGCCGCUGGACAGACUGGCCGCCACAGUUCAGCUUUAUUUUAUGUUUGUGACUUAAAAACUGACAAAAUACAACUUUGGUUGUUUAACGUUUAUUUGUAACCGAGGGUCGAUAUGGUUCAGGAAGUAGAGCGGUUUAUAGACCCACGUGUUCACACAUUUCCCUGUGUACUUUGUGUAGUUGGAGGAUCCUCCAGCAGGGGGCAGAUCAGGUCUGAGCCAGAAUAUGUGGAACUUCUUCACAGCUUUAUUUUGUUGUCGUCGUGGUUGGAACUGGGCGAUGUUUGUCUGAUACACUUUAUCAGACUUUUACAUAUAAAUAUAUUAAAUAAAGAAUGUUUCUGUCACCAAACUGUAAAGAACGUCCUCACUAACUGAAUGUGACGUAGCUCCACUGCACCAUGAUUCAUAACAACAAUAAUAAUCAUUUCCUGUCACGUUCAUCAGGAGAAAUUAAAGUUCAGGAAGUGAGUUUAUAAAGCCUCAGGACGGCCGGAGGAUGAAUCUGUAAUCCGACGGGAGCUCCGACCAACUGAAGAGGGUUCUCUUGUUUUUGUCCAGCAGCGACUCGACGUCGACACAAAGGUGAAACAUUUAGUGAAAGAACGCUGCUCCCUGUCAUCCUGUACAUACCUUUAAUUAGAGCAUUACAUAGUAUGAACUUUUGUAUGUAUGUACAGAACAAAAUAAACAGAAAUAAAGUGGA